AAAAUCUCGCAAAAAUGACCACAAAACGAGUUCCGUCGAAAAUCGUCAUCGCAGGAAGCUCGAAAAUCACUCUGAAUGACAGAUUCUCCGCAAUUCCGAAGCCACGCGUCAAAGCGACAGUGAUGAAGGCUCAGCCGAAGCGAUUUUCGGCUCAGCCGAAGCGAUUUUCGGUUGAGUACGAAGAGGUCGAAUAUGUGCCGAAAUUCAUGAAACCGCGCCCGAAACCACGUCAAUUUAUUCAGCAGAGAGCCGUGAUUCCAAUUCAGAAUCGAGUUUCAUUCGUAAACGCGAUGCCAGUGCAGAGAUUCUACCCGAGAAUCAACAAUUUCGUGCACAGAAGCCACCAGAUGCAGAAUAACUUUAAAAAACCGUUCAGACAAAACUUCAAUCAUCAGAACCGUAAGAUGUUCCCCGGCAACAACAAUCGCUUUCAGCAUCCGAAGCAGAAACAAUUCCCGACGAUGCCAGCGAAAAAAUCGGUCGCCGAGCUGGAUCGAGAGCUCGAUGAUUACAUGAGAAAGCCGAAGCACGCGCCGAUCACAAUUUAAUUUAAUCAUCUGUAUUAUUAUUAUCAUUCUGAACUCCAAAAAUCUCCACUUUUUUUCCUCUUUCUCCUUCUUUUUCGCUCGGGCCGAUCCAAAAAAAUCGAUAUAUAUAUUUUUAUCUCUUCAAAAUUUUCAAUAAAAACAACGAGAAUUU